GGGCAUAAUAUACUGCAACUAGGUGCGUACUUUGUUGUAAAUUCGCAUCCCUUACAUAUGGUUUCGAAAAUAUGAUACUUUUAGAAUUAUGCGACGUUAAGAGAGUUCACAACCUAAGGGAGGCACGAAAAUAACUCUAAGAAUGUUAAAAUGUUGCGGAUUAAAUUUCAUAUAGGAUAUUCUUGUCGUUAUCACAUAGGCACACACUGAUUCAUGCAUUUUGCUGUGUUUUUACAUUUGUAACAAUAGUAACACUGUUCCUUUCGUUGACUUUUAUUAUGAGGUCUGCCGCGGUUCACUCUAUAUCUGCGUGUUGAGGCGUUCUUUCGUUUUCGUGCGAUUUUUUAUCGAUUACCGAUGUAUUACCUUGUGAAAUUUGUGGAAGAUGGUGUGUAUUAUAUAUGUAACAAACGGCAAGUGAGGAAUACUAAAAAAAAGGGACUUUUAUCAGUGCGAUGGGCCGAUGGAUGGUUCUACGACGCCAAAAUUAAGCUAGAAAAUGAAACGGAGGAAGUAUUGCUUCAAUUAUGUAAAGAUUUGAAUUUAAACGUGUCUCCAGUGCCAAAGCAAUUAACACUGGAUAGACACUUGUGUGUAAAUUUACAAAAAUUGACAGAUACUGAUUUUGAAUUCGAAAGGAUACCACCUCCCCACAUCGGGAACAAGUACGAUACCGAUGAUGACCUUGAAAUCUUAUCACCACCCCCCGAAGACCAUGCUACCGAAGAUGAAUUUGAAAUGAUAUCAUCUCCUCGCAUCGGCAACAGCUACCGUACCGAACAUGACCUUGAAAUCGUAUCACCACCCUCCAAAGACACUGCUACCGAAGAUGAAUUUGAAAUGAUAUCAUCUCCUCGCAUCGACAACAGCUACCGUACCGAACAUGACCUUGAAAUCGUAUCACCACCCUCCAAAGACACUGCUACCGAAGAUGAAUUUGAAAUGAUAUCAUCUCCUCGCAUCGGCAACAGCUACCGUACCGAACAUGCUUUCAAGAAGUCUGAUUCGUUUAUUGGAAAUCCUUCUACAAUACGUAGUGUGAUUGCUACUGGCUCUGUAGUUAAUUUCCAUCGUCGCAGAGUUAUACUUCCUCAACCCCCACAAAGUUUGUAUGAGACACCACCACCACUUUAUGAUGUAGGAAUUGCUGGAAGUCGAAGUAGUAGAAAAUACUUUUGUGUAUAUUGCAAGAAAAUAUCUUCAAAUCUACCUCAACAUUUCAAAUCGUGUCACAGCGACGAAGUAGCUGUUCAACAAUUUUUGGCUCUCCCUCCAGGGAGUAAACACAGAAAAAAAAUAAUUGAGACUAUUCGACGCCAGGGAGACUAUGAACAUAAUAAGUCCCAGGAAAAUAACAGUGGAAGAUACUUAGUAGCAAGACGUAAUGCCACUAGUAGCAUAUCUAGUAAACUUGUUACAACAUGCCCAGAGUGCAAAGGCCAAUUCUUAAAAAAAAAUUUACGUCGUCAUUAUAAAAGGUGCGCAGAAACUAUAAAACCAGGUGAUCGAUCUACUAUGACCAAAAGUAGAGCAUUGGAUCGACAAAUCCAUUCUGCAGCGUGCCAUAAUCUAACCACUCGAAUAUUUCCUGUUCUAAGAGAUGAUGAUUGUGUUAAAGUUAUCCAAUUUGAUUCUUUAGCUAUAACUAUUGCCAAUCGUUUAUGCCGUUUAUAUCCUGACCCACAUUUUGAUGACAUGAUCAGAGCAAAACUACGAUUAAUGGGGAGAUUACUUCUCCAAGCAAAGGCGCUAGAUUCAACUGUAAAGGAUUUCUCCUCGCUUAUUACACCAAUCCGUUAUGAGUUGGUGAUUGUAACCAUAAAUAAAGUGAGUGGUUUAAAUGAAUCUGGUACUGUUUACCGUGCUCCUUCAACUGCUACGAUGGCAAAUACAUUGUUUAAGGUUGCAACAGAUAUAUGGCGCGUAGAAUGCAUUAAAUCAAAAAAUACUGCAGCGAAAAUUGAUGCAGAAGAUUUCCUACUAUUAAUGAAGAUGGACAAUGCUUCUGUUAUUAAUAAAAUUGCAAUUGAAAAUCGCGUACAAGACCAAAGGCACAAAGUAGUAAAAUUACCAGAUAAAUCAGAUGUUAAAAUGUUGGUUGCUCACGUAAGACGAAUUCGUAGGGAGAUGUAUUCACUCUUGAAAAAUUACAAAGGAAAUUCUUUUCCUUACGAGACAUGGCAUUCUUUAGCUAGUUCUACUUUGAUUUCUUUGUUGGUAUUUAACCGUCGUAGACCUGGUGAGUUAGAAAGACUUACACUGUCUGAUUAUCACAGUAGAAGUAAAAUUGAUAAUACUUCAAAUUUGUCAUUACUUGAUCAGCAAGAUCGUCAAGCAGCAGAAACAUAUUCUCGGUUUGAGAUUCGGGGAAAGUUAAAUCGUUCUGUACCAGUAUUAGUGCAUUGGGAGCUGGAAUUAUGUUUAAAUUUGAUCCUAAAGUACCGAAGUGAUGCUGGUAUUCAUGUUGACAACCCCUAUCUAUUUGGGCUUCCACAAGUAGAUCAUAGACAUCGAUAUUUGAGGGCGUAUGUUAUAAUGAGAAUCUAUGCAUCCCAAUCUGGUGCCAAACAACCCCACCUCCUCCGUGCCACAGUGUUGAGGAAACAAAUUGCGACUGAAUGCGCAGUUAUGGAUUUAAGUGAAAAUACUAUAAAAGACGUGGCAAUGUUUAUGGGGCACGCGGAAGAUAUCCACAACAAAAUUUACCGACUACCGGUACAAACGAGGGAUAUUGUGCGCAUGUCGCGCGUUUUAGAAGCCGUUCAAGGCGAUACAGGCACUGAUUCAGAAGAUGAAAAUGAUUCUGUCGGAGUAAACGAAUGCGAUGAUUUGGACCAUAUUUUUAUGAAUGAUGUUCCAGCAUCAAAAGGUGAAGAGAUGAAUGUAAAGAAAGUAGUAAAGACAGUGAAGGCCAAUAAUAGGAAAGAAAACAAAGGUCGUGCAAAAAUGAUGAAUUGAUGAAUGAUGA